AUGAUGAAGAGGAAGACGAUAGUGUCCAAGUAUGGAUCUCAGUUUCGUGGAAACUCCCAACACGAUGCCCUGGAGUUCCUCCUGUGGCUGCUGGACCGCGUCCACGAGGACGUCAAUCUGGCCUCGCACAACAACAACAACAAGACCACAGCACCCGGACAGGUCCUCGGGGGAACUGAGGAGGCGCCGUCUCCGGCCCCGUCCCAGUCCCAGUCCCAGUCCCAGCAGCCACGCCUCCAGCACAGCUUCGUCCAGGAGCACUUCCAGGCCCAGUACAAAUCCUCGCUGACGUGCCCCCACUGUCUGAAACAGAGCAACACCUUCGACCCUUUCCUCUGCAUCUCACUGCCCCUUCCUCUGCGCCAGACCAGGCCGCUGUGUGUGACGCUGGUGUUCAGCACCAAAGGGCAGCGGUACCUCCGCACCGGGCUGGCUGUGCCCCUGUUCGGCUCGGUGGCCUGCCUGAGGAGGGUGGUGGCCGACGAGGGGAAGAUUUCUCCGGACCAGGUGAUCCUGACGGAGGUGUAUUCCACCGGGUUCCAACGCUCCUUCUUUGACGAGGACGAUCUAACGAGCAUCGCCGAGAACGAUGUCAUCUACGCCUUCCAGGCUCCGCCCCUCUACAUCAGAGGGGGCUCGGCUCGGAUCUCAGGGUACCACCACAGCCUGCCAUCGUCUCCCUACUCCACUGGGCCCGAGGGUCAGAGGUUACCGGCGUCUGGGGCGUUGUCCUCAGAGUUCCUCAACCAGGGCGUCCCGCUGAAGAUCCUGCUGCUGGUGUGCAACGCCGCCGGGGGGGGGCAACAGGCCGUCAGGUUCGGACCUCCGUUUCUGAUGAGGGAGGACCGGGCGAUUUCCUGGGACCAGCUGCAGCAGAGCAUCCUCAGCAAACUCUACUACCUGAUGAUCAACGGAGCUCAGGCUCAGAAUACCAGGGUGCUGUUCAACAUCCGCGUGGUCGGAGGUUCAGCGUUUUACAGCUACCUGUCACCUCAGGACGGGCGACCGCUCUACCACCCCGCCGUGGACAGGGCUCUGAAGCUCUGCAGCUCUGGAGGACCUCCACACGUGAAGCUCAUCAUCGAGUGGGAGCACAGGACCAAGGACUGCCUGUUUGGAAACAUCCAGGAGGAGGUGGUGAGGGAUGCAGAGAGUGUGAGGAACCAGCAGCAGCAGCAUGUGCAGCAGUACAGCUGCACCCUGGACGAGUGCUUCCAGCUAUACACCAAAGAGGAGCAGCUUGCCCCAGACGACGCCUGGAAGUGCCCCCACUGCCAGCAGCUGCAGCAGGGCAUGGUGAAGAUGAGCCUGUGGACGCUCCCGGACAUCCUCAUCCUGCACCUGAAGCGUUUCCGGCAGGUGGGAGAUCGCAGGAACAAGCUCACCACGUUCGUGCACUUCCCUCUGACGGGCCUGGACAUGAAGCCCCACAUGGUGAGCCGCACCCACGGCGCCCAUCCGCCCCCCCCGCAGCCCGGGUGGAAGCAGUCCCGACGCCACGACCUGGCUCCUCCGGACUACCUGUACGACCUGUAUGCCGUGUGUAAUCACCACGGAGGGAUGCACGGCGGACAUUACACAGCCUCCUGUAGGAACUCUGUGGACGGUCAGUGGUACAGCUACGAUGACAGCAGUGCCGAGCCCGUUCCCGAGGCGGAGGUGGUCACACGUGGAGCCUACAUCCUCUUCUACCAGAGAAGGAACACCAUCCCGCCGUGGUCUGCCAGCUCCUCCCUCACUGGCUCCACCAGCUCCUCCACCUCUGAUCAUUGGCUGGUCCGGCUCACUGGGGGCAGUGGGAGGGGCAGCGUGGUGUCAGGAGGACCCCUCCCCGCGGCCCCGGGGCCCCUACAGGCUCCAGAUUCUCCUGAGCUGCCAGUGUUCGGAGAUGAACCAUCAAAAACAAACGGGUUCGAAGCCAAGCCAUUUGUCCGCGGGACCCAAGGCAGGAGUGUCAGCAUGAGAUCUCCAACCAAGUCCAAGGAGACUCUGAGCAAAGUUCUGCCGCUGCGCUGGUCCUUUGGCCCCAAGGAUCGUGUGAAACACCCAGAGCAGACCCGGCCUGGGGAGCUGGUGGAGUACCUGGAGUCUGGGCGCCGGCCGCGGUGUACCAAAGACCCCAUCGUCCAACUGGUGGCCACCCCACCACAGAAGAGCUCCCAGCGGAGAGCCUUCAAUGUGGGACAGGACUGCAGCUCGCCCAGUGGCAGCAGCCUCAGCUGUUCAGACAGACCCUGCUCGGACACGUGUUACUCGCCCAAGCUGCCAGAGGGACAGAGCCGACCCUGUGUGGACAGGAGCCUCGCCCAGGAAGUCGGUAGCAACAGCAAUGCCAUAGAAGAGGUUUCUCUGAGGCAGAGGUUGUCUAAGAGAGCGAGGCCGGACCCGGGCAGGACCCUGGACCUCCAGCUGCACAGAGGACUCACCCUAGAGGGUCAGAUCAGCCACAGUGCACCCCCGAGCAGAGACUCCACUCUGAAGAGAACCAAGGUCCAGGCGGGGGUGACGUUCAGGCCUCAGAAGGACUUGGUGCACCUGAUCCUCCAAUCUGAGGGCCGGGGGGGGCACGAGGGUCGAAGCCACGACAGCCUCUUGUCUUUCUUCAAACCCGGUUUCAUGAAGAAAGGCAUUCUGAGGUCACCGACCAAGGGGAUCGACCGGCGUCUGAACGGCCACGGACACCUGGAGAAGCUGGCAGGAAGUCCUCUAGCCAAACUGUCCCUCUCCAACGGGAAGCUGACCACGCUGGCCCACGAAGCCGGGAGGACGGGCGGCGCCCCCUGCUGUGACACACACAACCGCAAAGUGCUGCUGCCGAAUGGGAAGGCCGUAAACCCCAAGGCCGCGGACAUCCAGCGCGCCCACAGCUCCGGCAACAUCCAGACGAAGCUGGAUCUGACUUUCCGGCGGUGCGCCUCCCUGCAGAGGAACGGCGAGGUCGCGGCGCCUCCGGAGCCACGCGUCCUGCUGCCGGACAAGCCCGGCUGCGGCCCUCUGCAGCGGACACGCUACAGCACCACCUCCCUGGGUCGGCACCGGCCCGUCCCCGAGCACUGAACCUGCACUGCACGCCUAGCUAGAGAAGGACACUCGAGAACACAGAGCUGUGGGAACUGUUUGUGUCAGUCGAGCACAAAUAUCACUGUAAACAGAGAAGUGACGACAACGUGUAGAGGACGUGGGAAGCUUCCAUGCUGCUGGGAAAAGAAAGACAUGACAUGUGGUAUCGAUACAAAACAAGUGGAGGAGUUUUCAACAAUCAAAAGUACAGAUCCAAGGUCUGUUUUCUGAUGAUCAUGAAUCUGUGUCUCAAUUCAGACGCCUCUUCCUCCUGAGGACCACAAACUCCGCCCCCUUCACAGGCCUCGUGCACCGUGGGAACCGAACCAAGACGUUCCGGUUCACAGAGGCUUCUCGUGAUCGGGGGGGUCACCAGCUCGCCCCGCCCCCCCCUCACUGCUGUCUCCGAGGCAGCAGAGCGUGACACACUUCCUGAGUUGAGCCACAGAGAUCACUUCAGCCACUUGACACCAUGUGACUGAUUGUUCUGACCUGUGUUGUUUUUUUUUUAAAGUGCCUCUGUGACAGCCCAGAAUGACUUCUGAACACUCGGACCUCUCUCCCCCGUCAUAGCACUGUUAGAAGUUCCUACCUGUGUGUGUCUUAAACUCAAUCUAUGCAGUUCAUUUACUGAGGAGAGAAACUGCUGUAGUGUGAGGAGGGAUUAGUUCUAAACAAAGCAAGCUGCCAUUCGUAUGUGGUUUUAUUCUGAAAGGCAGAGAGUGGUUUGUCCAAUGUGGAGUAGAAACACUGGAGUCUUUGGAGUAUUCACAGUUCAAUGGGCUCAAACAUGUCAGAUUUUGUAUGAAAAGUAUUAACACCUGUAAAUCAGCUGCUGAAACAACACGCUCCAUGGCUUCGUCAUGUAUGAUCACUCUCCUGUUUUUACUACCAAUGCACUUUCUUUCUUUUUUUUAAAUCCACAUGUCGCUACGUGACCUGAGCUUCUUUACGCUGAUGAGUCUAAUUUCUAAUUUAAAAAUGGGAUUUUCCAAAUGUGUCACGCUCCCACUCACUGAGUCUGAGGAACCACAACACACGUGUUUAUCUAAUCACAUUGUUUCUAUAUCUGCACAACUUUCUGUUUAUUCACUGCAAGAGGACGACAACGAAAAGUUCACAACACAACAAAUUAACUUCAUGACUUUUUCCUCUCAUUCUUUUCAAUUUUACAUCUUUUUUAGUUAACGUGUGUCACUGGGGAUUAUUAUGGGAUAGGAAACGAGUGGCAAUUGUUUGCCUCCACUGUUACUGUCGUGUUUACACGUUGUGUGAUUUUAACAUUUACCGUUUUAACUACGUUACCAAAACGAGUGAAGGAAGUUUCUGAGACGUAUGGCUAGAUUAUAUUUUAUUAACUUUUAUAAAAUUGUACAAUUUUUACCUGAUGUGUAAUAUUGUAAUUUAAGAUCAGAGGUGUGUGUUUCAGGAUUCUGUGUAAGGUCGGAUUCAAACACACAGUAAGGGGGGGGGG